GUUGACGUGGCGUUUUAAGCUCGACGAUGCACGCGUGAAUUUACAAACAACAACACCCGAUAUUCCAUGUGAAUGAUCGUCGAGGUAUGUAAUAGAUUCCUAACGGAGAAACUCUUGGCCGACGGGUGAGAAGAGAGCGAGAGGGCCAAUGACUUUGUAAACGACCACGUGUGGAGCGAAAUAUACUUGCUGGAUGAAAGACUGACCAAGUUUCAAGAGGCGGCUGCAGAAAUAUACGUGAAAAUGUUUGCCCGCGGUAGGAUACUCGUGCUUAGCUGCACGAAUGUCGUGAAAAGAUACCACGCGUGGCCACUGAUAAGUACAGCAAACUUACCGCUGAAAGCUCAACCUGCGAUUUCCGUAGCUUGCGUCCACAACUUAGUCGUCGACAGGCCAGCGCCGUUGACGAAGGAGCCGGUCUCGCCGGCCAACAGAUACGUCCAGAGAACGCACACGUGUGGCGAGCUGACGUUGAAGAACGUUGGAGAGGAAGUGAAAUUAAGCGGCUGGAUGGAGUUCCAGAGAAUGAGGAAGUUUAUAACAUUACGGGACUCCUACGGGUCAACGCAGUUGCUUAUACCGGAAGAUAGAAAGGAUCUGACAGCGGCUGUACAGAACUUGUCUUUCGAGAGUGUCUUGAGCGUGGUGGGCAAAGUCGUGCCGAGACCCGAAGAUCAGCAGAAUAAGAGAAUGAAAACGGGCGAUGUAGAAGUGUACGUGGACGCGCUGGAGAUUCUAAACGUGGCGUCGCAGAACCCGCCGAUAUUCAUUAGAGAGUAUAACAAGGCCAAGGAGAGCCAGCAGAUGAAAUAUCGAUAUCUGUCGUUGAGAUAUCCCGAGUUGCAAAGGAAUCUGAGACUGCGCUCCACCCUCAUAAUGAAGAUGAGAGAAUUCCUGAUCAACGAAUGCAGUUUCGUGGACAUUGAAACGCCAACGCUAUUUAAAAACACGCCCGGGGGUGCGCAAGAAUUUAUAGUGCCGACGAGACAACCGGGUAACUUUUACUCGCUAGUACAGAGCCCUCAGCAAUUCAAGCAGCUUCUCAUGGUAGGCGGCUUCGACAGAUACUUCCAAGUCGCCCGAUGUUACAGAGACGAGAGCGCUAGGCACGACAGACAGCCAGAAUUUACACAGCUAGAUGUCGAGAUGUCGUUUGUUGACCGGGACGGAGUGAUGAGCUUAAUUGAAAAUUUAUUGAUGUACUCGUGGCCAGAAGGAGCGGGCUCUAUACAAGUGCCUUUUAAGCUUAUGACAUACGAAGACGUGAUGAAGCUGUAUGGUAGUGAACAACCGGACUUAAGAAUACCGUAUCAGAUACAAGACCUCACACACAUGUUCGAUCUGCCAGUAUUAAAAGAGGCCGUGACGUCCGAGGAUAACAAACAAGAAGUGUACGCGUUAGUCUUCUCAAAGAAGUCGAAGUACUUAACGAAAUCGGUCAAAGAAGGACUCUCUAAGAUCCGUGGCGAUUAUUUUGGUACCACAAAGCUAGUUCAAUUGAAAGUCGAAAGCAAUUCGUGGAGGGCAGGGUUAGACAAGCUGAAACUGAAAUCGGGAGUUACAGUAGAAGAUAUAUCGCAGUGCUGCAAGUUACAGGAGGGAGAUGCGGUAUUGCUAGCAAUUGGACAUCGAAUGGAUACAUUGAAACUCUUAGGAAAGCUACGUGUCGAAUUUACAAAUAUACUAGAAGCCAAAGGCGAACAAGUACGUUCGUCCGAAACUGAGCUUCUGUGGAUCACGGACUUUCCAUUGUUCACGUUUGAAGGAACAUUACAAUCGACGCAUCAUCCAUUUACGCAACCGCAUCCAGAUGACAUGGAAUAUCUUACAACUGACCCCCUAAAGGUGAGAGGCUUACACUACGAUUUGGUUAUGAAUGGAUCGGAAAUAGCAGGUGGUUCCAUUCGAAUCCACGAUGCGAAUUUACAGAGACAAAUAUUAGGGAUGUUAAGCAUAGACGAAACAAAAUUGUCGCAUAUGCUCGAGGCAUUGACGUAUGGAGCUCCACCCCAUGGUGGAAUAGCUAUAGGACUGGAUCGUCUCGUUUGCUUACUUUGCAACGAAAAAAGUAUAAGGAAUGUUAUAGCUUUCCCGAAAACGAUGGAAGGACGAGACUUGAUGUCCGGGGCACCAGACGUUAUUUCAGACAAGCUCAAGACUUUGUAUCACAUACAAACAGUAAACGAAUAAAAUUUCUUUUCUCGCACAAGGUAGAAAAUUCACGUAAUUCUCUGUAAAUUGUGCGUGUAAAGAAUAUAUAUAUAAA